AUGGCUCCUGCACUUAUCGAAUCAGAGACAUUUGCCCCCUCUUCGUCACCGUCAAAUGCAGUAGACAAGGCUACUGUUUACCUGCUCGAUACACUGCAUCCCAGAGCCAUAGAACGCGCACAGUCAUUGUUCAACGCUAUCCUCCCUUCAGACCCCAAGCAUUCGGAAUGGAGGGGAAAGGCCGAAUACCUCGUCAUUCGCGGAUCAUACCUUACCGCAGAAGACGUCGAAGCAUGCAAGAACCUCAAAGCCAUCGGCAAACAGGGCGUUGGAAUCGACAAGAUUGAUGGCGAGGCCUGCAGAGCACGCGGUAUCAAGAUCUUCAACACGCCUGGAGUGAAUGCGCAGGCUGUCGCGGAGACUGUGCUUUCGCUCACAAUGUCUGUGGCUCGCGAGGUUGGUCGCAUAACAGCGCUGCAGAGUGCCGGGUUUAGUGUGCCGAAAGAGACCUGCUCGGGUCUGAUCAUCAACAAGAAGACGAUCGGGAUCGUGGGUAUGGGUAAUAUUGGCCGAAAGGUCGCGCAAAUCUUCCAAGGCGGAUUAGGGUGUCGCAUCGUAGCAUACGACCCACUACUGCCAAAGGAUGCUUGGGAAGAUAUUGCGCAUACCCGAGCAGAGACUCUUAAGGAGGUUCUUCGCGCUUCGGAUGUGGUAACACUACACGUUCCUCUAACACCACAAACCCGGGGUCUCAUAUCGUAUGAACAAUUCACGAUCAUGAAGCCCACUUCGAUCUUGAUCAACGCGGCCAGAGGCGGAAUUGUGCAUGAGGUCGAUCUUGAACGCGCUUUGAGAGAAGGUCUGAUUUGGGGAGCGGGUCUGGACUGCCAUGAGCAUGAGCCUCCGACCAAAGAGAUCUAUGGUAGUUUGUGGGAAACGGGACGGGUCGUGAGCACUCCGCACGUAGGUGCUGCAACGGCCGAGACGCAGAUGGAGACUGCGAUGGCGGCAGUGGAUCGAUUGUAUGACUAUAUCCAGACUGUCCGAGCGAUCUAG